AUGAAUCAACAUAAUUUUACAAUUGACACAGAUGCAAUUGUUCCCAUUGUUGAAGGUCAAGCAAGUGUAGAGAAAAGAGAUCCUUUAACUCUGUUAGAUGAUUCUAAUAGUUAUUGGUGGUUAGUUAAAGUGUUAAGAAGUGAAGAAAUUGAUAAAAACUUUUCAAAUAGUCCUAUUGAGAAUACUGUAAACCCUUCAACACUAAAUAAUAAUUUUGUAUCUAUUGAUAAUAAGACAAGCAUUACAUCAGAUUCUUCAAAAAUGCAAACAGAAAAUAAUUUUAAUAAUCUUAAUAUUAAUAAACAAGUAACUAUAGAUCAAUUAAUAAGUCCUCCAUUAAGUCCAGAACCAACUCGAUUGAAUUCCAUUCCUAAUAUUAAUCAACAAAUGGAGCAGAAAUAUAACCAGCAUUUUGAUUCUAACAAUCAACCUCAAAUGGCACCAGAAUCCACUGGUAUUAUUUCUCCUACAAAUCAAAUCGAACUGAACAAUAAUAAUAUUCAGCCUCCUAAUUCAAAUACCUUUGUUCUACCACUUCCUGAUGAACCAAAUCAGAAUAUAAAAGCGAGUAUUACACCUGCUCUAGCAAAAAUUUAUAAUAGUUAUACAACUGAUUUCAAUAAUGCCAUGAAUCAUAUGUCAAAAUCAACAAAUAACAUCACACCUAAUUAUAUACCACCAACAAUAAAUCAAAGUCAGUACCAAAUACAACAACAGAAACAACAGAGAGUGCAAGUGAAUCCACAACAAGGUUUUCAAAUAUCUCAGCAGCAACACCAACAAUUAUUUCAACAACCUGAUAUAUAUCCACAAGGUCAACAGAAUAAUUAUAUGUCACUUGGUACCUGUAAUGGUGUUAGACCAUAUUUUGCUGCUAUAGAAGCUCUUGAUUGUGGUGCAAUAGAAACCGGGUGA